UGAAAACAAAGUGACGUGGCUAAUCCUGCAGGACAAAAAACGAAGAGAAAUAGACAUAAAAACCUUAAUAUUAUACAUAUUUAAUGUACAAGUCAGAUCCAUGUGAAGUACAGGAACAAAAGUUUAACCCGAAACAAAGAAGAUAAAGUUGUUCUGUUGCUCGUUUCAAGGAAAAGGGAAGUGUUAGCAGCCUGAAGGCAACGAAAAGGCAUGCACUAAGACAUUAAGAUGUCCGACAGCGAAGCCAAUGCAGCCGAGGGUUCGAAGGGGGCACCGGAGGAAGAGAUUCACGAUGACUCUCCGGCCGAGACGCCCGACGACGACGCCUCCUCGCCCCCCUCCUCGCCUCCCUCCUCGCCCCCCACCUCCUCCUCCACUAACACCACUAACACUCCUGACGUCUCCACCGAUGUGGCCCCGACGAGGAAAACCAGGAGGAGACCGGAGCCCAAACCUGCGGCCAAAGUAGAGGAGACGCCGAAAGUAGAAGAGCAGCCGGCAAAGGCUCCUACUGAGUCCACAGUGGCUCAGGGUGGUUGGGGCUACUGGGGCAGUUGGGGCAAAUCCAUCUUAUCCACGGCAACAGCUACCGUGGCAACUGUAGGUCAGGGUCUGACGCAGGCGAUCGAGAAGGCCGAGACAUCGCUGGGAAUCCCGAGUCCGACCGAGGUGUCGGCUCAGGUGGACCAAGAGCAGAAACAAGAUGAAGGCAGCAGUGAGACGGAUAAACCAGAGGCAGACGGCACCACAGCGGUCGUAGGAAGUGCGAUGGGAAUGUUGUCGUCGUUCUCCAGCGUCGUCCAGAGCACAGGUAAAACGGUGAUAACAGGCGGUCUGGACGCUCUGGAGUUCAUCGGGAAGAAGACCAUGGAUGUGAUAGCAGAGGGCGACCCCGGCUUUAAGAAGACCAAAGGACUGAUGAUCAGGAACUCCACGCUGUCUCAGGUGUUGAGGGAGGCGAAGGAGCGAGAGGAGCAGCAGACGGCCGAGAAGGACUCGUCAGAUUCAGAGAAGAAGCCGGUGGCUCACUACGGGAUGCUGUUUGAUGAAUAUCAGGGUCUGUCGCACCUCGAGGCUCUGGAGAUCCUGUCCCGGGAGAGCGAGUCUAAGGUGAAGUCGGUGCUCACCACUCUAUCAGGAGACGAGGUGGUGCAGCUCAGAGGAGAGCUGGAUCUCAUCAAGGAUUCCUUCUCUCUGGUGGAGUUUGACGACGAGGAAGUGGACGAGAAGAAAGAUGAAGACGGCUCGGAGUUUGAGAGGGAGAUAACGGAGGCUCUGGAGGGUCUCAGCGUCUCUGCAACAGUCAACAAACUCAGCAAGGCCUGCAAGAGCACCUGCAGCCAGAUCACUGAUAUGACCAAACCAGAGAGAGAAGAGGAGGAAGAGGACGAAGAGGACGGGAAGAAAACACACUCUGUAGAGGAGGUUCAUGCCGCAGCCAUCAGGAGUCUGGCAGAGCUGACGGCUCGAUCCAUCGAACUUUUCCACAAACUGGCCGAGAUGAUCCUUUUCUCCAACGGCAGCACGGAGGCCGGCGUCCUGUCUCAGUUAACGGUGGUUCUGUGUAAAGAACUUUCACUACUUUCCAAGAAGUUCACGUCCUGCUUAACAACAGCCGGGUCAAAUGAGAAGGGCGAUGUCCUCAACCCGCUGAUAACUGGAGUCUUUUUAGAGGCGUCCAACAGUGCUUCUUACAUCCAGGAUGCUUUCCAGCUGCUGAUGCCCAUACUGGAGAUCUCCCACAUCCAGAGGAGAGAUGAGUCCACACAGCAGUGAGCAGCAGCUGGUGUCACUUCCUUAAAAACAGCUCAGGACUAAAAUCAAUUUAGAGGGAAAAUGUUUUUUUAUUUUUUUUUGUCAAACAGUGUUAACUUUGUUUAUUUGUAACGUGCAGUCGAUCGACUCAUUGAAUUAAAGUGUUGAGGAACGUCUAGAGUCUAAGAGGAGGAACAUUCACAUAUUACUAUUAAGAAGAGGGACAAACAUGUUAUUUCUCCUUCUUUAUUCUAACAUGUACACUACUUGUUUUCUGCCUUUAAGAGCACAAAACAUAAAGGACAUAAAGGACUUAAAGGAUGGAGGCAGUAACAACAAAGGUGUGUCCUGUAAAAUAAAUAGGAAGGUAUAUCGAUAAUGUAUUUUCCUCUUUACCGAGCAGUAAAUAGCUGGUUUUCUAUGCAUAUCUUUUUUUUUUAAACAUUGCCCACCAGAGCUUAUAUCUGGAUCUGGAGCUGCUGUUAAGGACUGAACUCGCUGACCGAUUCUUAUCUGACAAACUUGACUCUAUCUGACUCAAGAAGCCGAGGAUUACUCUUCCAAAAACAAUCUCCCGAUGUCUCAGAUUGUUAUGUUUAGUUUUUGGUGUCUUCCUCAAAUCAUGACUGGAGACUGGUUUUAAAUAGUUUACAGUCCCGUGGAUCUUAUGACACCUGUUGUAUGAUCUGAUUCUCUGAGAUUUGAACAUCAGUAUUGGCUCUUAACCCUCCUGUUGUCCUUGAGUCAAGGGAGGAAGAAGGAAGGGAAGGAGGGAGGGAGGGAGGAAAGGAGGGAGGGUGGAAGAAAGGAGGGAAGGAAGGAAAGACAGAUGGAAGGAAGGAAUGAAGGAAGGAAAGAUGGAAGGAAGGAAGGAAAGAUGGAAGGAAGGACGGAAGGAAAGGAGGGAGGGAGGAAGGAACGAAAGACAGAUGGAAGGAAGGAAGGAAAGAUGGAAGGAAGGACAGAAGGAAAGGAGGGAGGAAGAAGGAAGGAAAGACAGAUGGAAGGAAGGAAGGAAAGGAGGGAGGACGGGAGGAAGAAGGAAAGGAUGGAGGGAGAAGAAAGGAAGGAGGAAAGGGGGAUGGAGGAAGGAAAGAAGGAAGGGAGGAAAGACAGAGGAAGGAAAGAAAGAGAGAAGGAGGGAGGAAGGAAGGAAGGGGUCAAUUUGACCCGGGAGGACGACCCAAAGGUUAAAUAAGAACAUUAACGUCUCAGUAUUCAGAUCACUUCCUGUCUCAUUUUCUGGACUCAAGAAAGUUUUGUCCUGGAACCAUUAAAAAAAACCUGUAAUAGACCAGAUUUAUGUUUCCACACAGCUUAAAUGUCUAAUUAAUAAUUUGGUGUCUUCAUUUAGGGACUAAAUCUGCUUUUUUUUAGGAAGACACUAUUUUUAAAAAAGGGGAUCCAGCAUCAUUGUGACAUAACUGGAAAAAACGUACCACUCUCUUUCUUCCCUCGUCAUCUACAUUUCCGAUGUCAACGUACAGACUGUAAUUUAGAGUUGUUUACUCUGAUCUUAUUCAUUCAUUAAAACUUCAGGUGUUCGUUUAUCAGACGAAGGAGCUUCUACCUGCCAUGAAGAAUGAAGGAUUGUCUUCUUUUUAGCCGUUUAUCUUCAAUUAAUUUCACUUUUUUCUUUUCUUUUCUUUUUUUCUGAUAUUGACCCGCAGACAGCUUUGUGUUGUGGGUCAAUAUGCUGAUAUAUAUACUGUACUGUACAUCAGGUAUUUGAGAUGGUUUUAAAAUAAAUGUGCUUUCUUAAAUGCCCAA